AUUUAGUUAGUCUGGCAACGUCAUAAGCAUUUGUUUAGCUGGCUGGAUGGUAGCUAAAGAGUUGCAAAUUAAAAUUUGUUUAUUAUUGGUGAAAAAUAAAAUGAAGUGUGUGCUUAAUUAAGAGCAGAAGGUUUUCCCUGAUGAUAAUAAGAUACAAUGUGAAAAGAGGAAUUUCAUGAGCUACUAGCACAGAUCACACGUAAAGAGGGCGUCAACAAAGGGCAAGAGUUGAAAGAAGAAGAAACUAGAAAACAUUCAACGCUUUGCAAAUUGUUUAUUACUCAUUAGUAAUAGUUGUGAUAACUAAACCAAAACGCUGCCAUGAGUAACCACAGAUAUCAUCACGGCGGCGGCAGCUAUAUGCAUCCACGAAUGUCGUAUCCACAUCAUUUUACAUAUGUUUCCAGCUGUGUAAAAUACCUCAUCUUUCUUCUAAACUUUUUGUUUUGGCUAUUUGGUGGGCUGCUUUUAUCAAUCGGCGUAUACGCGUUUAUGGAUAAGCUGCAGGACGGCAUUGGUUGGGUUCGGUUGGAAACCGUUUAUGAUGUGAUCUUCAAUAUAUCUUUAGUGAUGAUCAUAGCGGGCAUAGUCAUCUUUGUGGUCAGCUUUGCUGGUUGCCUGGGCGCACUACGUGAAAAUACGUGCUUGUUGAAGUUCUACUCUAUGUGCUUGCUGGUCUUCUUUCUCAUGGAAAUGGCCAUUGCUAUAAUCUGCUUUGUGUUCCCGCAAAACAUGAACUCUUUCCUGGAGUUCCAGUUUACCGAUAAGAUUAUUCACUCGUACCGCGAUGAUUCCGAUUUGCAGAACUUUAUAGACUUUGCACAACAGGAGUUCAAGUGUUGUGGUCUGAGCAAUGCUGGCUAUCAGGAUUGGAGCAAAAAUGAAUACUUCAACUGCUCAUCCCCUUCAGUGGAAAAGUGCGGCGUGCCCUACAGCUGUUGCAUCAAUGCCACGGACAUCAGCUCGGGUCUAGUCAAUAUUAUGUGCGGUUAUGGUGUACAGGAACAUUCUGUGGCUGCAGCCAGUAAACGCAUAUGGACCAGCGGUUGCAUUGAAAUCGUCCGUGUCUGGGCGGAACGUAAUCUGUAUGUGAUCGCAGGCGUCGCACUGGGCAUUGCGUUCCUGCAGCUGUUUGUAAUUUACUUGGCCAAGACUUUGGAGGGCCAAAUCGAAAUGCAGAAGUCGCGCUGGUCGUGAGUGCCAUAGCACCCGGUUUUUUACGGGUAUCCUUUUGAUGAUUUCUACUACUACGACACCCAAAUGUAAGCAAACGACGGCGAAGCAGUCGGCAAGGCCGUUCUCUGUCGCUAUUUCAACCGCCAACCAUGUCUUCGUAAAGUUAAUCUGGUCCGUGCAAUGCUCAAAUAUAUUUCACAAUUCUAACUAAAA